UGGAAGAAUGCCAUAACCUACAACCCAGCUGAAGAUGAAAAAUAAAUAUGUAUCUUUUAAAUUCUCUCUUUUUUCGAAGGGCUGUUUGUCAUGGUCUAAAAAGAGCAUAUAUCUACAGUAAGUUUCCUCAAUGUUCCAAUUUGUGUAAUAGUUCGAAGUCUAUUAAAAUAAUAAGUCGAGAAUAUGCUGCCGUUCAGUCUUUACUCCACAGAUCGGGAUUACAAGAUAUUUCGCAGCUUUCUAAACAUUUAAACGUAAGGGAGUUUCAUUCGUCUCCGAAAUAUGAUCAAACACCAAGCCAGAGUCCUCCAGGAAGCUCAGGGAGGCCUCCGGAGAAAGACGAUGAUAAGGAUAAGAUCCCUUCUUUGCUGGCAAAAGCCUUUCUAUGGAUGCUGACAGCCUAUAUGUUAAUUGCAAUAAUAUCUCUUAUGUUUCCUGGUACCAGUCAACCAGAGGUAGUGCGCUAUGUGUCCUGGAACGAAUUUCUAUACCAAAUGUUGGCAAAAGGAGAAGUGGAAAGAAUAAUAGUGAGACCAGACAUUGAAAUCGUUACAAUUGUACUCCACGAAGGUGCUGUAGUAAAAGGAAAGAGAGUUGAAAAUAGAACUUACCAUAUGAAUGUAGUAGACGUCAACAAAUUUGAAGAUAAACUGAGGGAAGCAGAAAGACGCUUAGGAAUUACCGAUGGUGUACCUGUCAUAUAUGAGAGAAACACUGACACAGCUGGCAAAUUAUUAAUUUCUUUGUUGAUUGUCGGUCUUUUGAUAUCGUUCUUGGCAAGAAGUAAAAGUAUUCGUCCUCCUAUCAGCAUGGAUUCAAUAACUCAGCUAGGCCGAGCCAAAUUCACACUGGUAGAUCCUCUAAAAGGCCCAGGAAAGGGGGUACACUUUUCGGAUGUUGCCGGGUUGAGGGAAGCUAAAUUAGAAGUCAUGGAGUUUGUGGAUUAUUUAAAGAGGCCUGAACACUACAAGAUGUUGGGAGCCAAGGUACCCAAGGGGGCUCUUUUACUAGGACCUCCUGGUUGUGGAAAGACAAUGUUGGCCAAAGCGGUUGCUACAGAGGCUAAUGUUCCAUUCUUGUCAAUGAAUGGAUCAGAGUUUAUCGAGAUGAUUGGAGGUCUCGGUGCAGCUAGAGUGAGAGACUUGUUCAAAGAAGCCCGAAAACGCUCUCCCUGCAUUAUUUACAUCGACGAAAUCGAUGCUGUAGGACGUAAGCGCAGUGGCAGAUUAGGAGCAGAAGGUAUUAGUGGCGAAAGCGAACAAACUCUCAAUCAAUUGCUGGUAGAAAUGGACGGAAUGGCCAGCAAGGAAAACGUGAUAAUGUUAGGUAGCACCAACAGACCGGAUAUCCUAGAUAAAGCUUUACUACGUCCAGGCAGAUUCGAUCGGCAUAUACUGAUCGAUUACCCCGAUCUUGUCGAGAGGAAGCAGAUAUUCGAACAGCAUCUUAAAGGAAUAGCUUUGGAGCAGACCCCCGAUACGUACUCCAAACGAUUGGCCUACUUGACGCCCGGAUUUAGUGGCGCCGAUAUCGCUAACGUUUGUAACGAAGCCGCUCUUCAUGCUGCUCGUUUGAAGAAGAAGAAAGUCGAAAAAGAAGAUCUGGAAUAUGCGGUGGAACGUUUGGUGGGUGGAACAGAGAAGCGUAACCAUGCUAUGUCGCCUCAAGAAAAGAGAGUGGUCGCUUACCACGAAUCCGGACAUGCUUUAGUCGGUUGGUUACUGGAACACACUGACGCUCUUCUGAAAGUAACAAUCGUCCCUAGAACAAGUUUAGCCCUAGGUUUCGCACAGUACAUCCCGAGAGAUCAAAAGCUGUACACCAAAGAAGAGUUAUUCGACAGAAUGUGUAUGAUACUUGGAGGUCGAGCCGCAGAAGCCGUAGUUUUUAAUAGAGUGACCACUGGGGCCCAGAACGACCUCGAAAAAGUCACAAAAAUGGCUUACGCACAAGUAAAAGAGUUCGGAAUGAAUGAACACAUCGGUCUAGUCAGUUUUCCCGACAAGGAAGAAAAAGACUUAGGACGGAGGCCUUACAGUAAAACCUUAACUAACCUCAUAGACGCCGAAUCGAGAACCUUGGUAGCUAGAGCGUAUCAGCACACUGAGGAGGUUUUGCGAAAGAACAGGAAAUUGUUGGAGGCUUUAGCUGAAGCUUUGUUGGUUAAAGAAACUUUAAAUUAUGACGAUGUUGAGAAGCUGCUUGGUCCUCCGCCGUUUGGUGCGAAAAAGUUAAUCGAGCCUGCGGAAUUUGAAGAAACUCUUAGAAAAGAUGCAGGUGAUUAUGCUACUCCAAAAUCCGAAAAUAAUUCGACUGUCACAUCUACGAAAUCUUAGUUUUUUUUAUAGUGUAAAUAAUAUAGUGUUUGACAAAAA